GUCUUCUCUUUUGUUUCCAGGAUGUCUGCCAAUGUGUCCCCUGGUCCCCUCCUCUCCAAACCCCCCAUGUGGGUGAAAGAAGGCUCCCUGGUGGUCCAAUGGCUGAGCUUAGUUUCUGGUCUCCAGAUAUCUGCAUUCCUGAUGGAUAUUUUGGCCUUGUCAAUGUGCAUUUUGUCAACACUCAGUGUCAACUGGCGAGUGUGGAGUGUGGAAAACAUCGAGGGAAUCGGCUCUGGAAACAUCUGGAUUGGAAUCUGGGAUGUCUGCUUUUGGAAAGACCCUUCUAAUGACGGAAACUCUUUUUGGCAUUGCGAAGACCUCAAUGAGCAGCAUCCAACCCUCCCGAAGGAAAUUUUUAUUGCACAGGAUUUAAUGGCAUUAGCUUCCAUUAUGAAUUCAGUGGCCCUGGGGUUGAUUUCAUUUGCCUUGUACAAUGUGUUCAAGCCCAGAAAACAUAAGGAUUUUCUCUUUCGCUUUUUUAGGCUUGCAGCUUUCCUGAACUUAGUUGCAGGGAUACUCGUCCUGAUUUCUGUGGUAUGGAACACGUCUGCUGUCUUGCAAAAUGGGGAAAUUGACUUCCCUGAAACUUUUGAAUUGCCUCAAAUUCCCAGCGAGCAGCAUAUUGGACCUUCUAUUUAUCUAGGCUAUAUCGCUGCAGGUUUCCAGCUGCUGAGUGCAGCAUUGGUUGGGAUUGAGAGAUGUUGCAUCAGGACCACCACAACAGAUACAUCUCUAAUAGAAACUGUAGUGGUGAUUACCCCAGGGAGCGCGGUGAAAAGCGAUAGUCUUACUACUUGUUCGAAGUGUGGUUCUCUGCUGGAUCUGGUAAUUGUAGAGAAAUCCUCCACAGUGGAGAUGGAGGAAAGCUGUGCAAAAGAUCUUGUAAUUCCAGAGCCUCCUCCAGAGCAGACCCACUAA